AUGGUGGAGAACGGAGCCUCCAGUGGGGGUAGUGACAGCCCCAGUGCAACAUGUUCACGUUCAGGCUUGCUGGAGACGCUAGUGCGCGGCGUCUGGUAUCGUGUGCAUUGUACGCUGGAAGAGGAUUACUUGAGCGUAUGUCUCGAUGAUGGGUACGAUGCGACGACCACGUUGAACGGCACCUUGAAUAACAACAACGUGGAGACACCAAACAGUGACUUCACGGAAGUUCCAGAAGCUAUUGCGAAUCAGAAACGUUUAGUACAAGUGGUGAAGUCGGACAAUAAUGGUUUGGGAAUAUCAAUAAAAGGUGGCAUAGAAAAUAAUAUGCCUAUACUGAUAUCAAAGAUAUUCAAGGGCAUGGCAGCUGAUCUUACAGAGCAGUUAUAUGUUGGUGAUGCUAUACUAUCUGUGAAUGGUGAGGAUCUGAAGGAUGCCACACAUGAGGAGGCAGUGAAAGCUUUGAAAAGAGCUGGAAAAAUGGUACAAUUGGAAGUUAAGUACCUCCGUGAGGUUACUCCGUACUUCAGGAAGGCGUCAAUCAUCAGUGAAGUAGGAUGGGAGUUGCAGCGAGGUUUCAUGGCAGACGUACCACCUUCACCUCCAUCACCACGUCGCCGGCGUGCCGACACUCGCUAUGUACCAUUGUUGAUGGCAUGCAUCGCCAAAAACUUACGUCAUCGAGAUCCAGAGGAGAGAACAAUCGAGAUUUAUUCGCCGGACGGCGUGCACGCUCUAGCGUUGCGAGCGAGCAGUGCUCAGGGGGCGACGGGCUGGCACCGCGCCCUGCACGCCGCCGUGCGCCGGGCGGCGCGGGCCGCGCUGGCACGCGCCCGGCCUCGCCUGCGGCCGCUACUGGGAGAUGUACGAUACGCCGGUUGGCUGGCUAGGCGACCUCCACAGGAUCAUAUGAGUGCAUCUGGCGGUUCAGACAGCUCCGACGAGGCAGAUGGCUGGCAACCCACUUUUGUUGCUAUAACCGACCGCGAAAUUAGGUUGUACGAGGCGGCGCCCUGGUCUGGCGAGGCGUGGUGUGCCCCCGCGGAGUGCUUUGGUCUGGCGGCCACACGGCUGGCGUGGUGGCGGCGCGCGGCGGGCGGGGCCGCAGCCCUAGGGCUCCGCGCCGGGACACCCGCCGGCCUCGCCGUACGCGCGCUCCGGGCUGACACGCCGCACGACCUGGCCGCCGUGGCCGGGGCACUAGUCGACGGAGCGCACCACGCCGUGCGAGCCAUGCCCGAGUUUACCUUCCGAUGUCGUUUCCGCGGCGCGUGCGCGCGCCUGUCGCUGGGCGCGGGCGGCGUGUGCGUGUGGGAGGCGGCGGGGUCGCUGGGCCGCGGCGGCGCGCGCGCCCUCUACCGCCGCCCGCUGCACGCGCUGCGCGCCUCCGCCGACGACGACCGCUCCGCGCUCUGGCUACACUUCGCUGAUGACGACACUGUUGAGCUGGACAUGGAGGGCAGCCCGAAGCCUGCAGUGUUCAUCCUGCACAACUUGCUGUCGGCGCGCGUGCACUCGCUGGGCGCGGAGCCGGCCUCGCCGCCACUAUAG